CGCCUGGGCGCACGUUGAAGCUGCAGGUGGAUUCCGAGCCACCAGGGGGCGUCGUUUCCAGACAUUCAUCGCUGCUUCGCCGGGCGGGAUUUCCGCAAUAAUACCCAGUAUGGCGAAGACGUACGAUUAUUUGUUUAAAUUACUGCUAAUCGGUGACUCUGGUGUCGGGAAGACCUGCGUGUUGUUCAGGUUUUCGGAAGACGCCUUCAACUCAACGUUUAUCUCAACUAUAGGCAUUGAUUUCAAGAUUAGAACAAUAGAACUUGAAGGCAAGAAGAUAAAGCUGCAGAUAUGGGACACAGCCGGCCAGGAGCGCUUCCGAACAAUCACCACAGCCUACUACAGAGGAGCCAUGGGCAUCAUGCUUGUCUAUGACAUCACCAAUGAGAAGUCCUUUGAUAACAUCAAGAACUGGAUAAGAAACAUCGAGGAGCAUGCAUCAUCCGAUGUUGAAAAGAUGGUUCUUGGCAACAAGUGUGACAUCAAUGACAAGCGUCAGGUAUCCAAAGAGAGGGGCGAGAAGCUUGCUCUAGAGUAUGGAAUCAAAUUCAUGGAGACCAGUGCAAAAGCCAACAUCAAUGUGGAAAAUGCAUUUUUAACACUUGCCAGAGACAUCAAAUCAAAAAUGGACACAAAAUUGGAGGGAAACGCACCACAGGGAAGCAGUCAUGGAGUCAAGAUCUCAGAGCCUCAGAAAAAGACCAGCUUCUUCCGCUGCAGCCUACUCUGAGGUCUGAGGCUUUUGAUGCUAGCUGCUAGCUGGCUGGACAUACAUGGACUGCUCUCAGCACUUCCUCCCCUCCCCAUGUUCUCUCAGUCACCACCAACCAUUAUUCUCCCUAAGUGGAGGACAUCCAGUCCCCCUUCUUUCCUCUUCUAAAAGCUUCCAAGUGGUGCAUCUCCAUUUUUAAGGAGAUUUGUUGUCUUCAUGGAUCAGACUGCAUGACAAGCGGAGGUCCUGGUCCAGAUGUUCCAUAUCAAACAAAAGACAGCCUCUUGCUUUUCUCGUUCGUCUUUCUGAUCUCCACACCUAUUACAUCCAGCUGGUAGCACAAUGAGAAUGAGAGUUUGUUUCAUUCAUUUCAAAUUUUGAAUUAUAAAUACAAAUGUGAUAUUUAGAUCUAUUUUAUUAGUGCUUAUUCCCUUUUUAUGUGAUGGAUGACACUUGGAGACUGAUAGGCUUGAACUCGAGCGUCUGAAUCAGAGCUGCACAGGCUUUCUUUUCACUUCAUAGUGCAUCAACUGUAAUGAGGCAAGAAUCAAAAGGGAAAACAUUUGAAUGUGUUCCUGUUUCAGUUCUGCUCUUUGAUUUGCACGCAGUCCUCAGCAGACAUUUGAUAAAACAAUGAUUAUUACUGCAAAACCAUGUCGCCGUCUGUAUCUGUGGACGACACAGAUCGUCACGUUUAAGAGUCUAAUACUUGGAUUUGGUAUUUUUGUUUGAAAAGCGGAGGUUACAACCAUUUAGCAAUAUAUUUUCUCUCUGUCGACUGUUUGAGCUCUAAAUGAAGGAUUUGUAACAGCUUGGACUCGCUCUUGGGCUAAUGAUGUCUCUGGUUAUUUGAUCAGCAAUUAAAAUCACUCUUGAGGUUCCGCACUGUAAGCCCCUUCUCUACUAUCCACGCAGCUCUCUUUGCACUUUACCAGUAACUCGUGUUGUGUGUAGUCUGUGCCAAGUGGUAGUUUUACAAUACACUUGCUUAGUUGACAUAUUUUGAUCUAGUGAGUCUCGGUAAUGUCAUGGGCACAAUUCCUAAAAUUUGCUGCAUCCAUGUAUAAAUGACUUGACCUCCUUGCUCUUCCUCUGAGAACCCUCCCUUGUUGCUGUGCUACUGCCCUGCCAAACUGUAGGUUUAAGGCGAUCUGGUUUUGUCUUAAAUGAAAGCAGACUUGACUUAAGCUUAGAAACGGCCUGACUAGAAGUAUUGUACAUUUUCCUGUGCAUUUGUUUCCUUGUUGCUCUGUAGUUUGACCACUAGGUGGCACCAGAGGCAUUGUAUGCACCCAGCGUCCACCAAAGUGAAACCUUCACUAGUAUUUUAGUAAGCGACCAGCCACCAUGAACUACAAAGUGUACCUUUACUUGUAUUGUAUUGUGUUUCCUUCCACACUUUGCUAGUCAGAAAAGAAGCUCUUGGACGUGUGUUGCUUGCCACAUGUUUGUAAUAUUGAAUCCUUUGGGACCUCAUUUGUACCUUGAGCAUUUGUUCGUCAUAGGGAUCUAUGCAUCGUGAAUCCUGGACCUGUGCAUAUGUGUGUCGUGCUACUUGAGGCCUGUGCUGUUGUAUGUGCGGGCAGGUUGUUUCCUGUGUUUUGUCAUUCACUGAGCCAAGAUCAGUACAUGGUUUGUUGGAAGAAAACGCUGUUGCUCUAUCUGCUCUAUCUGUUGACUCAUCAGCGUGAUUCUGUAGCUUUAAGUCAAACGUGGAGAAAUAGGGAGCAGGCUUCUGUGGGACUCAAGCUCUGUCAUUUUCCCUCUAACUUCAUCAUAUCCUCCAGAGUUCUAUCACAUGUCGUCAUAGACUGAACAUUCCUUUUACAGCCAUAUUUUCAUUCCAUUAUGAAGUAUACAGGGAGAAUAAUGCAAUACACUUGGGUGGGUGGGAAAAAUGUAAAUACCACAUUGACAAAAAGAGGUCUACUUAAAUUGUACUGUACUUUCUAAACCCAUAUACGAGUAUCUACAAUCUACAGUUCGUAGAUAUGUGUACUUUUGAUUUAAUAAAAUAAGAAUGUAAAACUCUA